AUGGCGUCGAACCCCCCCGGAGCUUGCUGUGCCUCUGGCUUCAAGCAUGAAGGCACUCCAAUUGGCGAGACUAAGAACAUUUCUGGUGCGAUCGUUUCGCAGUCGACACCUACAUUGUUUAUCCCAAGGAUAACAAGACCCCCUGAGAAGGCCGUUGUCAUUUUAAGUGAUAUCUUCGGCAUCUAUGUCAACUCCCAGCUCCUGGCCGAUGAGUUCGCCGCCAAUGGAUACCUAUGUAUUAUUCCGGACCUUUUCCGCGGCGACGCCAUCAAGGUCAGCGAUAUGGAAUCUGGAAAUGUCGAUUUAGCCUCCUGGAUUAGUAAACACCAGUUUGCCGUUAUCGACCCUGUCGUGGAGUCCACCAUCAAAUAUGUUCGCGAGGACUUGGGUAUCAAGAAAGUUGGUUCCGUCGGUUACUGUUUCGGAGGCAAGUAUGUCUGCCGUUUCUUGAAGCCCGGCAAGUUCGAUGUCGGCUACACUGCUCAUCCCUCUUUCGUGACCAACGAAGAGCUUGCCGGCAUUGCCGGCCCUCUGUCUAUUGCUGCCUCUGAAAUCGAUCAGAUUUUCACCGCCGAACUCCGUCAUGAAUCUGAGGGCAUCCUGAUCAAGACCGGCCUGCCAUGGCAGAUCAACCUUUUCAGCGGCGUCUCCCACGGGUUCGCUGUCCGCGCCGAUCUGAGCAACAAGCACUUCAAGUUCGCCAAGGAGCAGGCUUUUUGUCAAGCGGUGGUGUGGUUCAACCAGCACCUGUAA